AUGGGCCCUUUGGGUGUUCCCCAGCCGCCGGAGACCUCUUGCGAACGGUGUCGCAAUCUCAACCUAGAAUGUAUUAUCGAGCGGAACACUCUGGGGCGUCCAGCUGCGAAAUCCAGCCAGCGCAAACCCCCACAAAACAAACGAUCGGCACCUCUUGAGAAAUCAGAAGAAAAAGAGGAUGAAGUGACAACGGGGCUGUCAGAUCUCGAGAUAAAGGAAUAUUUAUUCUCAGAAGCUACUACGGGAGAAGAGCAUAUCCCCUCACAAGGUGGCGGCAAAUUGCUUCAACCACCGCAACAACCAGGCAGAAGGGCUAUUUUCCGAUCCAUGACCGAAUCAAAUGCCUUUAUAUCUUCUGUCUUAGAGAAAGAUGCCGCAUUUGGAUGCGAAAUACUUCACGCAACGUCGCGCUGGAGCCAACCUCUUUGGGACCUCAUCAGUAAUGACUGCGCCAUUUUACUAGAUAAUUACCUAGUUUGGUAUCGAUUCUUUCUUCCAAAAACACCAACUCUGGUGGAUCUGAGAAAUCGAUUAAUCUUAGAGGAAGUCUCUUCUACCAACUCUGCCACGAACCUCUUGUUUGCCCUUCUUUGCUUAACAUCCUUCGAUAUUGCCGAAGCUCCUGCUCAGCAAUAUCCACAGCUGAAACAGAACCUUCAGCUGGCUGUUUCGUCGUACGGACAAGAAUUCAUCGUCUCCCCACCCACGCAUCCAGAUUCUGUUGCUGUCUGUCUCUUCCUAGCCGAAUUCCGACCAACUCUCUUGGCCACCUCACAGUUUGUCGCGCACAAGGCCGUCAGCCCUGAGGUGUACGUCCAUCUUGCUUAUAGGAUCGCAGAAAGACUCAAUAUUUUACCCAGACCACAUGCCUCCUUUUUUAAUGAGCUCAUGAACCCACAGAAUCCAGAAUUCGAUCGGUGCUUUGCCGAUUCCGUGCAGGAACUGAAGAUUCUUUGCCUCGAUUGUGGCCUUGAUGGCUUCUUGUCAAAGACUCUACCUGCAAUGCGGAACAUGAUUGGCCAUAUGCAGCCUCAUAUCGAUGCUUAUCGACAUGUGUUACAAUCCCGCGAGUGCUCACCAACAGUGAUUUUUCACAUUCAAUGGAACAUGUCAUUUUAUGUGCUGCUCGAGGGACUGAUAAAUGCAAAACAAUGCUGGAGUACCCCAGAGAGUUUGUUCCUGGUUGUGGAAGAGGUGGAAAGAAAGUGCCAGGAGCAAAUCAGAGUCUCUAACGCUUUACUAGGGAACGUUACAGGUCAGGAAAGAUGGGAAGAUCUAUCAGCUGCUCGUUGUCUGCUAGAGAUGAAAUUCCACUGGGUGUUUGCUGGGAUAUGUGGUCUAGGUCUACUCUAUACCGCAGUACUGAGAACAAGGCUUAUCGAAGGAAAGAAUGACGGGGAUCCAGAUAUCUACUCAAAAGAAUCCCUCCAAAUCGUCGACCAAGUCGCCGGAAGCGUGAAUAGCCCUCCCGAUGCUCCGGGCCAGUAUCUAUCUGCAUUCCUCAGACGCUUCGGACAAGCCUAUCCGCAACAACUCGUGCGCGUGCUAGAGACGUUCCUAGAGUGCGCCGAAUUGAAAAUGAACGGCAUUGCAGUCAAUGCUCCACUUCAACAUGUAGUCUAUCCAAUCGCUUUUGUGUGCAAAAACCUUGUCGAAAACAACUUCGUGCAAGUACGGGUUUUCGGACGCCUGGCUCGAAAUUUCGAGAAGCAGUUGGAGCUGUUUCCUAAAUGUGCGAGAUGUAUUGCCAAGAUGGCAGCCUCACCGUGGAGCUCGACAAAGUCUGCUUUUGCGACUGGCUGUGUCUAUGCCGCGAGUAGCAAGAUUAUCUAUGGGUUAUACAAUACUCUGGAACGAUUGAAAACAGAGUUGUCAAAAGGCACAAAGUGCGAUGAGGCAUUGAAUUCGUUCAACAUCUCUCCUGAUUCAAUUGAUGUUUCUUCGAUCGGUGUGGAUUUCGAUAUGCCCUUCUGGGACGCAUGGAACUUGUGGCCCCAUGUUGGAUCAUUUAGUCCUUUCGAUCCCUCACUGGAUCUAUUUGGUUGGGGCCCUGGUCUGAACUAUGACGGUGGACCUGAGCUAAUGAAUAUUCCUGGGAUGUGA